AUGGCUAAUCUUAGCAAUACUUCAGAGUUCAUGAGUAAAGGAGAACGAAUUGGGGAGAAAGACUUCAAAGGGAUGUAUCAAGGCCGUGACAUCACUAUCAGAGAGAUGGAGUUCACAAAAGAAAAUAUGGAAAUGGUAGUACUGGAGGUUGAAAACCAUCAAAAGUGCGAUCUUGGGAAAAACAGGUUUUCAGGCUCUCGAAUAUUUUACUAUGCUGUUUCCGAGUUUGCUAAUGGAAGUCUACUAUUUGGCUUUCUCGGGACAUUUUAG